AUGCUUGCGCCGUUGCUCCGCGCGGCGCGGUUGCGCGCGCCGCCGCCGCGCCCGCUUGGCGCCCGGUCGCUCUUCGACGCGACGGCCUACGCCGCCACGCGGCUCCCGCUGGCUGAGGCGCGCUCGCUACCAGGGCACGUGUUUCACCGGCAGGACUGGUAUGACGCCGAGGUCAAGGGCUUGCUGCAGCCCUCGUGGACACUGGCGGGGCGCGCCGACGAGUUCAAGGAACCAGGGCAGUACAUGCGCCUGGACAUGCCUGGCGGCUCGAGCGCCAUCGUUGUCCGCGGCAGGGACGGCCAGAUCCGGGCGUGGGCGAACGUCUGCACUCACCGCGGCGCGACGCUGGCUCGCGAGGAGUCGGGGCGCUUCAAGGGCGGCAUCGUGUGCCCCUACCACGCGUGGACCUUCGAUCCGACGAGCGGCGCCCUCAGGGGCGUGGCCAAGAGCCAGGAGAUGCCGCCCUGCUUCAAGAAGGCCGACUGGCCGCUGCAGGCGUUCCGCCUCGAAGAGUACCGGGGGUUCCUCUUUGUCACCUCGUCCGUCGAGGCGCCGCCGCUGCGCGACGCCCUUGGCAACGUGGAGCUUGCGCUGGGCGACUGGCCGCUGGAAGAGCUCGUUACGGUCUGCCGGAGGGAGUACGUGGUCGAGUGCAAUUGGAAGUUUUUGAUGGAGAACACGUCGGAGACGUACCACACCUCCAUCGUCCACAAGGACUCCCUGGGGCCGAUGCCCUCCUGCCCGAUCGCCGAGUUCAGGGGCGUCCAGCCGCAAGGCGAUUGGGACGCCGUCCACGUGCCGGGCGAGCGCUCGAUCGUGCCGCUACCGGGCGAGGCAGCGCCUUUCCCCGAGAUGCCGUCCGUGCCGCCCGAGGCCUCGACCUUCUUUGUCAGCAUCUUCCCGACGCUGCAGCUCAACGUGACGCGGGACUGCGCGUGGUGGAUGCGUGUGCUGCCGGAGGGCCCGACCACCUCCCGUGUCACGCAGGGCUUCCUCUUCCCCCCCUCGACGGUGGCCAUGCCCGGCUUCGCCACCCUGCUCGAGCCCUACCUCCACCGGUGGGACCUCGCCGUGAGCGAGGACAACGAGAUCUCGGUCAACCAGCAGCGCGCCACGGCGAACCCCAUGCACCGGCCUGGGCCGUACCACCCCUUGGAAUUCUCCGUGCACCGCUUCGACAACAUGGUGCUGGACGCCGUCCUCGGCGCGGGCGAUCCGAGGCCCGCCCUGGACACCCCCGGCGCGGCCGAUCCCAGGUCGCGCCCCGUCCACGGCGCCACCGCCCCGGCGUCGCUUGCGCUGUCGGCAGCGCGGCAUCGGCCGCCCCCAGCCGCCACCGCCGCUAGGGCGAUCGGCUCGGCGGCCUCGGCCAUCGCCGAGCCCUUCUCGCUCUCUCCUGGCGCGCGCGUGUGCGUGACCGGCGCGACGGGCUUCAUCGCGCUGCACCUCGUCGAGCAGCUGCUCUCCAAGGGAUUCCGCGUCACCGCCGCGGUCCGCAGCGACUCGGCGCAGAAGCUCGAGCCACUCAUGGCGCUGGGCGCCCUGGGCGAGCUCGAGGUGGUGAGCGGCUGCGACCUGCUUGAGCCUGGCAGCUUCGACGCUGCCGUCUCGGGCGCAGAGGUGUGCUUCCACACUGCCUCGCCGUUCUGGAUGGACGCCCGCGUCACGGACCCGUGGGCGCAGCUGGUGCGCCCAGCUGAGGCAGGCACGGUCAACGUGCUCGACGCGUGCGCGGCUGCUUCGAGCACCGUGCGGCGCGUCGUGCUGACGUCAUCUUUCGCGGCGGCGAUGAACGUGGGCGGUCGCACGCCAUGGGCAAUGGACUUCGAGUACACGGAGGAGCACUGGAACACGUCGUCCGCCCCAGACGCAGCGGGCGAGUUUCCCGAGCCCGUCAACGGGCACGCGUACCGUUGGUCCAAGACGGCGGCGGAGCGAGCCGCGUGGGAUCACCCAGCGACGGGGACCAAGUUCGAUUUGGUCACGAUCAUGCCGCCGAUGGUGCUCGGGGAGAACAAGCAGCAUAUCCGCUCGCUGACGGACCUCAACCAGUCGUCCCUCCUGCUUGGGCACGGCGGCGGAUAA